AUGUCUUAUUAUUCUUUGGCUAAAACAAUUCACCAGGCCAGCAUAAAAAGUGGCAUCAAGCCAUAUUUGAUGCACGUUCUCAAUAUGUCAUUGCAUUUCUCUGACAGAAGCCUUCGUCUGUAUAAGGAGUACAUAGCUAUAACUGGGUAUAUACUCGUGGCGGGCGGCAGCGUCGGAUGUAUAAAGUGGCGCGCCGGUGGCCGACAUGACAUAGCUAUAACUCGCGGUGCCAUGACAAACAGCCGCCGCCGGACGGCUAUGGAGACUACAUUUUAUUUUAUUCCCAAAAGCAACUGUAACAAUUUCGAUGGACUAUUUUACGUUGAGACGAGGAAGUGGUUAUGUACUUAA